AUGGAAGGGUUACUCAAAACAGACAAGUUAGAGGAUACCUUCAAUUUAGCAGGAAAAAAAAGAUGUCAAGAAGAAGACUUAAAACAAAAAGAAACAAUCAAUUUUGUUAAUUUAAAUAAAGAACAAGCAAAAGUG